CUCUCCCGCUCUUCUCAGCGGCGCGGGUAGAGCGGCCGCGGCCGGCGGCGGUGCCCGCCUCUGCCUCCUCCCCCUCGGUGCCCUGCCUCCUGCCUCCUCCCUCCGCCGGGCGGCCGGCUGCGCGGGGAGGGAGGGAGCGCGGCCAAAAGGUGUUGCUGGAAGGGAAGUUUGAAGAAGGUCGUAGGGUGCCUGGGCGCUCCAGCAGCAUCAUGGCGGAGCAGGGUGAAUCGCCGGUCCACGUCCAGCAGCCUCAGCCGGCGCCCGCCACUCCGGCCAUCGUCUGGCCCAUCUGCAGGGACGCCUACGAGCUGCAGGAGGUUAUCGGUAGCGGUGCUACAGCAGUUGUCCAGGCAGCGCUAUGCAAACCCAGGCAAGAACGUGUAGCAAUAAAGAGGAUCAACUUAGAAAAAUGCCAGACCAGUAUGGAUGAAUUACUUAAAGAAAUUCAAGCAAUGAGUCAAUGCAAUCAUCCCAAUGUGGUGACCUAUUACACGUCUUUUGUGGUGAAGGAUGAACUUUGGCUGGUGAUGAAGCUGUUAAGUGGGGGUUCAAUGCUCGAUAUAAUAAAGUAUAUUGUGAACAGAGGAGAACAUAAAAAUGGUGUCCUUGAAGAACCCAUAAUAGCAACAAUUCUUAAAGAAGUUUUGGAGGGCUUAGACUAUCUACACAGAAAUGGGCAAAUUCACAGAGAUCUGAAGGCUGGCAACAUUCUUCUGGGUGAAGAUGGCUCUGUACAAAUAGCAGAUUUUGGUGUUAGUGCAUUUUUGGCAACGGGAGGUGAUGUUACUCGUAACAAAGUAAGGAAAACAUUUGUUGGUACUCCAUGUUGGAUGGCCCCUGAAGUAAUGGAGCAGGUGCGAGGUUAUGACUUCAAGGCUGAUAUGUGGAGUUUUGGGAUAACAGCCAUUGAGUUAGCAACAGGAGCAGCACCUUAUCACAAAUACCCUCCUAUGAAAGUGUUAAUGCUGACCCUUCAAAAUGAUCCUCCCACUUUAGAGACAGGUGUAGAGGACAAGGAGAUGAUGAAAAAGUAUGGCAAAUCCUUUAGAAAACUAAUUUCAUUAUGCCUUCAAAAAGAUCCUUCCAAAAGGCCCACAGCAGCAGAACUUUUAAAAUGCAAAUUUUUCCAGAAAGCCAAGAACAGAGAAUACUUGAUUGAAAAGCUCCUUACUAGAACGCCUAAUAUAGCACAAAGAGCUAAGAGGGUCAGACGAGUACCAGGUUCCAGUGGUCACCUUCAUAAAACAGAAGAUGGGGACUGGGAAUGGAGUGAUGAUGAAAUGGAUGAGAAGAGUGUAGAAGGCAAAGCUGCUGUUUCUCAGGAAAAGUCACGAAGAGUGAAAGAAGAGAAGAACACAGAGUCUCAGCCUGCUGUUGGUGACGAAUAUAGUCAAGUUCCAUGUGCAGUGAAUCUUGUCCUAAGAUUAAGGAACUCCAGGAAAGAGCUUAAUGACAUACGGUUUGAGUUUACUCCAGGCAGAGACACAGCAGAUGGCGUUUCUCAGGAGCUGUUCUCUGCAGGCCUGGUUGAUGGCCAUGAUGUAGUUAUAGUUGCUGCUAACUUACAGAAGAUAGUAGAUGAUCCAAAGGCCUUGAAAACAUUGACUUUUAAACUGGCUUCUGGCUGUGAUGGCACUGAGAUUCCUGAUGAAGUGAAACUGAUUGGGUUUGCUCAGUUAAGUGUCAGCUGAUGUCUGUCCCUUGACCCCAAACCGAUUUGUGAGAUUGCGAAGAGGCCAGCUUAGAUGCAAAGGAAAAUUAAUGCACCACACACUGAGUUCUGCUUCAUUCUCUAGCAAUUCACAAAGCCAGAACCAGCAAAACCCACAGCUACACCACUGCUGCUAAUAUUCAAAAUGCUACUAAAUGUCAGAUGAUUUGGAUUCCCCCUAAGUGAAAAGCCUGUGGAAAUGCACUCAGGUGGCUGUACUUAUUGGUUACAAAAGGAAUUUUCUAUCAAGCUUACUUAUUUCAUAAACUUCGAGUGAUACUAUUUUACCUGUAUUUGUGGUUGAUGAUACUGCCUCUAUUCUGUUACAUUUAGAAAUUAACAUAAAUAUAUAAGAAUUAU